CGGCCGAAGUUCUCAGUCGCGGUCGCCAUUUUGUCGGGUAGUCAUCGGGUUCGUCGUGUUUCUCUCGGCUGCUGUGUUUUUGGUGGACGUAACCGCCGAAAAAUUUGGGGCACAGCAAAUUCGGCCGUUUUCACCCCAAAUGGCUUGCUUGAACACGUUAAAGCAGGAGAUAAAAACCCUCGAGUCCGUCUUCCCAAAGAGCCAUGAAAGAUUUCAAAUAAUGUCUGCGAGCGUGGACGAGCUUAGCUGCAGGUUCGUCGGUAAAAAUGGGAAGAAAUACGAAAUACACGCCAAUAUAACAGAAACGUAUCCCUCCACACCACCGGUAUGGUUUGCAGAGUCCGAAGAGACCAGUGUCACCAAUGCAGUACAGAUUUUAAGCAACACCACUGGUCGCGACAACCAUGUAAUCAACCAAGUUGGAAUCCUCCUUAAAGAAUUGUGUCGGCUUCAUUCUUUACCAGAACCACCCGAUGUGGAACGACUGAGAACAGCAUUGGACCCAUUAAGAUUAGGUGGAGCUAAUGAAGCUAUGGCACAAAGAAUGGAAGCUGAAGAUACUGAAGAUAUUGACGAAGAUGAAGAAAGCGAAGCAGAAGAAGAUCUUCAUUUAGAUAUGGAUGAAGGUGACGCGAAUUCAAAGACCAAGGGGGAAGAAAUGGAUUUAGAGCACCUUGCGACGCUAGAAAGGUUGAGACAGAAUCAGAGACAAGAUUACUUAAAAGGAUCUGUUUGUGGAAGUGUACAAGCAACAGACAGGCUAAUGAAAGAACUGAGAGACAUUUACCGAAGUGACAGCUUUAAGAAAGGAAUGUACAGCAUAGAAUUAGUAAAUGACAGUUUAUACGAAUGGAACAUUAGGUUGAUGUGUGUUGAUCCUGAUUCACCUCUACAUAGCGAUCUCAUCCUUCUUAAAGAAAAGGAAGGCAAAGACAGUAUUCUUCUUAACAUGCUUUUUAAGGAAACUUAUCCAUUCGAACCACCGUUUGUAAGAGUCGUACAUCCCAUCAUAUCGGGUGGAUACGUCCUCGUAGGUGGUGCUAUUUGUAUGGAACUUCUUACGAAACAGGGCUGGAGUUCGGCGUACACGGUAGAAGCGGUAAUAAUGCAAAUUUCUGCGACACUGGUAAAAGGAAAAGCACGCAUACAGUUUCAAGGCUCAGGCGGUGCUGGUAAAGUGUGCGGUGGACAAGGGCAAUACAGUUUGGCUCGCGCGCAACAAUCGUUUAAAUCGCUCGUACAAAUACAUGAAAAGAAUGGUUGGUUUACUCCACCGAAGGAGGAUGGCUAAUGAAUAAAUAUUAUCAAGGAGCAAAAUAUGACGCGUGCUUACAGCUGAGACUUUAAUUCGGUGUGUGCCCAACAAAUAAUUGUUACGAUAAUGAUUUGAUACACAAACACAUUACCUAGGUAACUUAAGAUACUGAAUUAAUCUAACGCAUAAUUCCUUUGAUGGCUGAGAAAAGGCUGCCGCGCAAACGGUGACAUGUUUCGUUCUGUAUGCAUAGAUUUUUCAGUAAUUAGGCAUUUAGAGAUCGUAUAUGACCGCAUUGACGAAUGUGAUUUGUACGAUCUUUUUUCUCUUAUCUGGAAUUUAUAAUUAUUCUUUAAAAAUGCCAAUUGAUCUUCGAAAGUAACGAGAUAAACCUUUGUUUUCGUUGACGAUACAUACUAUACCAUACCAUACCAUACCAUACCAUACCAUACCAUACCAUACCAUAAUACCAUACCAUACCAUACCAUACCAUACCAUACCAUACCAUACCAUA